AAGUUAAUAAAUUUGGAGAGGAGGAAAUACUACAAAAAGUUUUCUUUUAGAAUGAAGGGAAAUACAGCAACUGGAAAUUACAAAGCUAUCCACAAUAGGAGAGCCCUGGUGGCGCAGUGAUUAAGAGCUCGGCUAUUAACCAAAAGAUCGGUAGUUCGCAUCCACCAGCUGCUUCUUGGAAACCCUAUGGGGCAGUUCUACACUGUCCUAUGGGGUCAUUGAGUCAGAAUCGCCUUGACAGCGAUGGGUUUAUCUAUCAUAGACAUGUGCCAUAGCGAAAGCCAAAAAACAAACAAAAAUACCCAUUGCCGUUGAGUCGAUUCCGACUCAUAGCUAUACAAAGUAGAACUGCCCUACAUGGUUUCCAAAGAGCAGCUGGUGGAUUCGAACUGCCGACCUUUUGGUUAGCAGCCAAAGCCUUAACCAAUGUGCCGCCAGGGUCCCCAAAAACCGAUGGUUCAAUCAAAUAUUUCAAUCCACGUCAAUCAAAGGAAAGUACUCAGCUUCCACGACAGCAGUCAUUGAAGAAAAGCAGCCAUGGCUGUGCGCUACCCCAUGGCUGUGGGCCUCCGCAAGGGCCACAAGGUGACCAAGAACGUUAGCAAGCCGACGCACACCCGCCCCCAUGGGAGCCUCACCAAACACACGAAAUUCGUGAGGGACAUAAUCCCGGAGGCGUGCGGCUUCGCCCCCUACAAGAGGCAUGCCAUGAAGCUCCUCACGGUCUCCAAGGACAAACGGACCCUCGAGUUCAUCAAGAAAAGAGUGGGGACACACACCCGAGCCAAGAGGAAGCGAGAGGAGCUGAGCAAUGUCCUGGCCGCCAUGAGGAAGGCGGCUGCCAAGAAGGAAAGAGUGCAUCCCUGCCCAUGUUUGCUGUACCCUCCUCCCCUGCCAAGUAACAUAACAAAGCUUUCCAGGAAAAAAAAAAUAUAUAUAUAUACUCACAAAGAUGGAAUCACUACACAAUUUCUAAGUAUUCUCUAGGUGAAUGCAGAGGGGGUAGUUAGGUUGUAUUUAUUUUAGAGUAUUAUUGAGGGUAGUCAAUCCAAUCCAACUAAUUCUACAAGGUCCUUUUCAACUUUCAUCUCCUGUUCUGCCUGAGGCCUUCUCUGACUCUCCUACCUCCCUACUUCUGUUAGGAUGACCAACCAGACCUGGUUUGCCUGGGGUUGUUCCUGGUUUUGCACUGAAAAUUCUGCUAUCCUAGGACACACCUUAGUCCUCAGCAAACCAGGGCAGUCGGUCAGCCUAC